AUGAGCUUCUUCUCCAAAAUUCACGACUUAAUCAAGAUUCCUCCUGGUGAGGGUAUCGAAAGUGUUACCUACUUGAGUAAUAAAGAUAUCAUUCCUAUGGGACCUAAAAGGAGAACGUGGGGCGUUUGGUCACUUACAUUUUACUGGUCCAUCACAAACGUCACUAUUUCCACUUGGACAGGUGCCUCGUCCUUACUUUCUCUAGGUCUUACUGUAGGUGAAACCAUGGGAGUUAUAGUUAUUGGAAAUGCUAUUAUUGCGACAUUGGCUCUCCUUAAUGCCGCUCCAGGCGGUUAUUAUCAUAUUGGCUAUACUAUCUCUCAGAGAGUUGUUUUUGGUAUUCGAGGCUCAGUGAUCGGAAUUAUAAUCAGGAUUAUUCUCUCCGUUGUGUGGUUUGGUUCGCAGGCGUACCUGGGUUCACUAUGUUUGAACUGUGUUUUUGCAUCAUGGAGUCAUCAUUAUUUGCACUUGCCAAACACAAUUCCAGAAUCGGUCAAUAUGACUACUCAGCAAUUGAUCGGCUUUGUAGUUUUUCAGAUAAUCUCUAUACCUCCGUUGUUUUUCAAGCCAGAGAGAUUCAAUAAGCCUUUAAUGGUCACUUGCGUCCUCACUUUUUUUGCAAUGAUGGGUAUCACAAUAUGGGCUGUAAGCAGAAAUGGAGGAAGUAAUGGUCCUUUGAUGCACGAAUCAACGAACAUGUCCUCAAGCACAAGAGGUUGGUAUUGGGUUUACGGUAUAAGUUCCUGGUACGGUUCUCUCUCCUCCGGUGUGGCUAACCAAUCAGAUUUUACUAGAUUUUCAAAGAGAACAUGGUCAUCUUUGUUUGGUACGGUUUUUUCCUUGAUGGUAGUUGGUACAAUCAUCCCCUUGAUGGGGCUCGUUACCGCCUCUGCUUAUCGCGGCAGAUACGGAGAAGAGGUCUGGAUGCCAAAUGAGAUUAUCAUGAACUGUUUGGAAGCAGACUAUAGUCCCACAACCAGAGCUGCAGCAUUCUUCGUAGGCGCGGUCUUCACUUUAUCGCAGGUCUGUUUUAAUACAAUGGGUAAUGCCUACGCUGGAGGUAUGGACCUCUCCGGUUUGCUGCCUAAAUACUUCAACAUCACACGUGGUAGUAUCCUUACCGCUAUUUUGUCAUGGGUCGUCCAGCCAUGGGAUUUCUACAAUACGUCAUCCACUUUCGUGACCGUUAUGUCGUCAUUCUCUGUCUUUAUGUCACCGAUUGUUGGCAUAAUCAUUGCUGAUUUUUGGGUCGUGAGAAAAAAACAUCUCAAGCUGUCUCACUUAUAUUCCAAUGAUAAAACUGGUAAGUACUGGUAUUGGAAGGGUAUCAAUUACAGAAAUUUAAUCAUCUGGGUUAUUGCUUUUACGCCAGGACUUCCAGGUUUAAUUAAUGCCGUUACUCCAACAAUAAGAGUCAACAGGGGUAUUCAAAACUUUUACUACGGAAACACCAUUUUCGAAUAUUUCAUUACAUUUUUUCUGACAAUUGGAUCUUCCUACAUCUGGCCUUACGACAAUGUUGACGAUGAAGACGAGUAUGACUACUUCGACACUUUUACCGAAGAAGAAUGUGCAAAGAAAAACAUUGUGCCUUACUCGCAAAUCACUGAAAGAGAUUUGAAUACGGAUUCUGCCAGGAGCACUGUAUCUGGCGAAAACAUUGUUAUUUUACCUGAAAAGGAAUGA